AUGACUCUUUAUCAGUAGUUGUAAAGUGACAGACCGUGAGUGACGGAACCGUGUACCGAAGUAUUUUUUGACUCGUGCGAGUACCAAUAACUUACUUGGUGUGUAUUAUUAUUUUCCACAAUAACUUAUCAUAGGUGGUUGUUAUCGUGAUAUUUUGCGUGAAAACAAACGAAUUCGGUUUUUUUCCCAGUGACAGUGGAAUGCGAUGAACCUCGGGAACAGAACGUUGUAUACCAACACAGGUAAACAACGAAAACGCUGUUGAAUUGGAUAGAAUUAAUUUCAUGACAUUAUUCACCGUUGGUCACGAUGAGCGUGCAGAAUCUUAGAAAUAAAUUCAGCCAGAACAAUGGGUCGGUACCUUACAAACCGCCCGGACUUAGCUACGCCAAACCGUCGGCUCAGACGUUGAACAACAACAACAAUAACAUUAUGAACGGUCAGCACAACGGCUUCGGCCGGUUCAAGACCAUUCGCGAGGAGCCGGACAUAGAAAACAGACCGGCGAUCAAGAACAACAGUUUCCUGCAAAACUAUUUAGCCGGCGAGACGACCAAGAGCAACCCCCCCACGAACAUGGUCAACGGCAUGACCAACAUACCCGUUGUGUCGAGAUACGUUUCCAAACCGUCGACCGAGUCGUUUCCCAAGUUGCCGGCCAAAUCGCCAGUUUUAGAAAGUAAUUCGACGUCAUCCACGAGUUGCCUUGCGGCGCCGCUAAAAGACUAUAACAACGACUUUAAGCUUUUGGCCAACAAGUCUCCGCCACCUUCCAUACCCGCCGACGGCGGCAAACACACCAUCUCGAAUUUGACUUCCAAGUACAUCAUAAAACCUCCGCCUCCGCCUAUACCGACGGACGUGAUGUCCAAGUACGGAAUCAAAUCGCCGCCGCCCGCGAAAACGGACUUCUCUCCCAAGUCGAAUGGCGUAGGACACCUCGCGUCGCCCGGUAACGAUGACAGAUGGAAAGCCAAGUACGAAGAAACCGAAGCCAAACGAAAGAACCUCUUGACGCAGUCCCAAAAACUUUUGAGAGAAAAAUCAGACGGGGAACGGCAAAUAGCCAAAAUCAGUACGGAGCUCGAAUCCACCAAGAACGAACUAACGCAGAGAACGGCACAGCUCGACCAACUAAGGAAACUGUCCGAGGGUGUGUACAAGGAGUACGAUCAAUUAAAACAACAGUACGAAAUCGAAACGGGCCAGCUUAACAAGGCAAUAGAACGAGCUUCGCAGUGGUAUAAACAAAACCGAGAACUGAAGAGAAGGAGUUCGGCUCUUAUGCAAAAAGUCAUGUCGGUAGCACCUGCCACGUUGGAAGAUCUGGAAGAUGACACUGACGGCAAUGACGACACAGAAUUCGAAGAACUCCGAAAGACCGUCAAAGAGCUUACCCAAGAAGUUUCCCGUCUACAAGCUGAGCUAAACAAAAUCAAACUUCAAGAGUUCGAAGCUCAAGAGCAAACGGUGGACUUGACUUCCGAGCUGGAAGAAGAACGGAGGGCGAGGAAACGCGCCGAACAAGAACUCAAGGAGCUUAGCAUGAAGCACAACAACUUGGAGAGCGUGAGCCGCAAAGUCGUGGAGGAGACCACGGAUUUGCACGAGAGAUACAAGCGAGAGAAAGAACAAGGAGUGAAAAUCAGAAACGACGCCAACAAGGUCAAGUCCGAAAGAGACGUGCUUGCCCGUCAAAGUCAACUGCUCAUGAUGGACGCGGCAUCCGAUGAAAAAAUAAUGAAACUGCUAUUCGAGGUGGAGCAAUUACAGAGGACUCUGAGCCAAGAGCGGCAAGAUCACAAUGAGCAGUUACGUGAGCUACAAGAAAAACUGGAGUGCCAAACGGAAUCCGAACAGAUAGAACUCUACGAAGAGAAACUGAAGCUGACCGAAGCCGAAUUGAUGUGCUCGCAGCAGAGAGCCGAAAUCGCUGAAUCUCAGAUCGCAGACCUGAGAAAGAAACUAGAAUGCGCCAAACCUGCGGUCGCUGCGCCUCCUUGUGCACCACCUCCACCGCCUCCGCCCCCAAUGUUCUUGCCACCCGUGCCGCCCCCGCCACCAAUGGCACUGACGUCCAACAGCCUGCAGACCAUCAAGUUGAAAACCGCCAGCACGUUGAACCACACCAACAACAGCGGCGGCGGCGGCGACUCCGAUGCCAUCCAGGAGAUGAGCAAUUACCUAGGCUUGCCGAUAACGCCCAAGCCGGCGCAAGUGCAGUCGGGAGCGAUAGAUGCAAUUGUAAAUCAGAUUAAAGGAGGGCGGUUCACUCUGAAAGCCACCGACAAAGAAGUGAAGACUGCGGUAAGGAAGCAAGAACCUCCGGUGGUCAACGAAAUGAUGAACGUGCUCGGGACAUUACGGCGGAACCCUAAGAGAAGGGACAGCUUUAAAACCGCCCCGGCCGACGUAGCGUUGUGAACAAAAUAUCGCAUGUAUUAUAUAAUUAUCACUAAUUAGGAUUAAGAACAGAAAAAACAAUUUUAAUCCCCGAACUGUGGGAAGUACAGCGUUUAGCGGACCAAUAUAGUUUAUGACAAACAUUUUAUUUAUUUUUGUCUUAUAAUUGUACUGAUUUAAUAAUAUUAUUAAUGAUAUAUUAUGUAUGUAUAAUUUUUAUAGAUUGUUUUAUAUUGAGAGCCAACAAAUUUGAAUUUCAUGUGAUUUAAAUCCAUAUUGUAUUAACAAAUAAUAUUUGCUUUGAAAAUGAAGCGUUACUGGUGCCUUUAUUUAAGUUUGUACUUGAUAUAUUAUAUUAUUUAGUAUUAGGAAGUUCUUUAUAUUUUUUUUUUUUUUUUUUUAAUAUUUGUAAAAUUUAAUUUAUGUUUUCUUGAACACGUUUACCUAAUUUGUAUUUGAUAGUAUAGUUCAUGUAUAUAUAUUUUUAUCACGGUGAUUUGACAAAGAUCACUGCGAUAUAUUUUGUAUACUGAUGAGACAAACGAUAUAUUUUAAUGAUUAAACAUAAAAACCGAUAGUCUAUUUUUGAUAACUAUAGUUUAUAAUAAUAGUGAUUAUAGUUGAUGAAAUCCAUACAUAUUUAUUUACCAACAAUAAAAGACAUUUG